GGCCUCAGGUCCCAUGACCCGGCGUCCACGCCGCGUCUCUUCCAAGGGAGGCUGAGGCCCGUAGGCGCGCUUUUCUCAGCCAAGGAAGAUAAGUGAAUCCCAGGCGGUGUCCUAGGAGGUAGAACCCCAGACAUGACUCAAUCAGAGACGAACUGUUUCCUAGCCCCUGCUCGUCUCUUUCUUGCAGUGGUGGAUGUAUUAGAGUUCUUAGCCGGACUCCAUGUGGUCUUAGGUCAAGCAGUCUCUCCACCUUCUCAGGGGCGUUCUUUUACCUGACUGUAAAAGGAAGACACUGGACCUCGGUUCUCCUAAUGGCCAUCCCAUCAGUCUUAGGGGUACUUGAAGUUAACAGUUGCCGUCAGUGGACUGCAGAACUAUGUCAUCUGUCCCUGGAGCUAUUUGGAUGCAGCAAUUGGCACCCAACCAGGGAUGUUGACAAUGACUUUGGGAAACUCUUAUUGGUCAGAUGAGGGACCACUUCCAUGAGAAAGUGUGCUUAUGCAGGGGAUGGCGACACCCAUUCAGCACUGCCACCCAAAGGACUGCUGGGGAAGACUGCAGUUCUGAGGACCCUCCUGAUGGACUUGGUCCCUCCCUUGCUGAACAGGCCUUAAGGCUAAAAGCUGUUAAACUGGAAAAAGAAGUCCAGGAUUUAACACUGAGAUACCAGAGAGCCGUUGCUGAUUGUGAAAACAUAAGGAGGCGAACCCAGAGAUGUGUGGAAGACGCGAAAAUAUUUGGAAUCCAGAGCUUCUGUAAGGACCUGGUGGAGGUGGCAGACAUUUUGGAGAAGACUGCGGAGUGCUUUUCAGAAGGAGCUGAACCUGAGGACCACAAGCUUACUCUGGAGAAAGUCUUCCAAGGGCUGUCCCUAUUAGAAGCAAAGCUGAAAAGCGUGUUUACCAAGCAUGGCCUAGAGAAAAUGACACCCAUCGGUGACAAAUAUGACCCUCAUGAGCAUGAACUCAUCUGUCACAUGCCAGCAGGUGUUGGGGUGCAGCCUGGCACUGUGGCACUAGUUCGGCAAGAUGGCUACAAACUUCAUGGCCGCACCAUAAGACUUGCGCAGGUGGAAGUGGCAGUGGAGUCUCAGAGAAGACUCUGAACAGGUCACUGGAACCAAAUCCUCUCCCAGAGUCAGGCACCUUUGUCUCCUUUAUUUAUUAAGCUGGUUUGUAUUAUACAUGAGGUCUUUCGUGUGCUCCGUUUCGGAUUUAGUCACAUUGGCUGUUUCUCUACAGUGUCUUAUUGGGUUUAUGUGACCUGUUUGGUCUCAUCGGGAGUCCUGCCACUAGGCAUUUGAACAGUAUGAUAAGUGUCAUGUGGCCUUUAUCAAAAUGUUUACAAAAAUCAUUUAAAUUGGUACUUUGAUGACUGAAUCCAAAAUCUUCUUACCUGUGUUUUCAUCUAACUGCUGGAAUUAGUGCAGUAUCUUGUAUUUUGGGGGAAAGGGAAAUGGUAGGGAUUGGUUUAACAUUUAGGUACGUAGAUGACGAUGCCUUACCCUUGUAUAAAUUUAGAUCAUUUGGCCUGGCAGGUAAAGAGAUUUCCUAAGGCUCCUUUUUUAUUUCUCUUUUUUCAGUCAUCUCUCAUGGUUGUAUUCCCUGCCAGGGUCACACGUACGCUGUUUUAUAGCCACGCCUUUCUGGUCCCUUUUGGAAGGGCUAAAGGAUCAGGCCAGUCUUCCUUUCUUGUUGGUAAGGUGAAUACAUUUAUCAUUAAACUGGUCUCAAGUCUAAGAACAGGCAAGCCCUGGUUGCCUUGACAAUACAACCCAAUCCCAGGGAGACCAAAAGCCUCCACACAUCUUAAGUUGGAGGGAAAGACUUUGGGGACCAGGCAUGAUGGCUGUCAAUUCGAAAAUAAAAACAAAAUAUUGAGGUGGA